CACACACACACACACACACACACACACACACACACACACAAGAGUUCUCACACUUUGGCAUGUGCACUGCUCCAUCACUUCUUGCUGGAUCUCUCUAAUGUCCAGUUAAGAUUUCAAAAAAAGAUUUUUGAAUGUCACGUUCAAGAACAUGAGCUUGCAGUUCAAUACACCCCAACUUUAGAGCUCAAUCUCUCUCUCUCCUCACUCUGUGGGAGCAUGGAUUCCAACACCAUCCUCGAUCAUGCUCUCUUCCAACUAACCCCAACAAGAACAAGAUGCGAUCUUGUUGUGUUUUCCGGGAAGAAGAGCGAGAAAUUGGCAUCUGGGCUUUUGGAACCCUUCGUUGCUCACUUGAAAUAUGCGAAGGAUCAGAUUCCAAAAGGGGGUUAUUCGAUAACUCUUCGCCCCCCACGCGAUGAUGCCUCGUGGUUCACUAAGGCCACGUUUCAAAGAUUUGUACGUUUUGUGAGCACGCCCGAGAUUCUUGAGAGAAUUGUACAUAUAGAGCGAGAAAUUUUGCAGAUUGAUAGUUCAACUCAAUCUAAUGAAAAUCCUACGGCGGACGAGGAAGGGAACAUAUCAGCAGAUGGAAACCUGAAGAAAUCAACUAAUUCUUCUAAGUUAUCCUCCGAAGAAGAAGAUCAUGGGGCUGAACUGAGAGAACACUCUAGGGCUCGUCUUCAACGUCUUAUGGAUACUCGAAAAGCAUUACUUCUGAAAGAGCAAGCCAUGGCUUAUGUCCGUGCAGUUGUGGCUGGAUAUGAAAUGGAGGACAUUGAUGAUCUUAUAUGCUUUGCUGAUACAUUUGGAGCCUCACGGCUAAGGGAGGCAUGCACCGAUUUCAAGGAGCUAUACAAUAGGAAACAUUCAGAUGAUCGAUGGAUGGAUGAAUUAGCAGCAGUGCAAGCAUCAGCUAUGACUGACCUCCCAUAUCUGGCAACGUCUGGAGUUAUGCUCACAGGUGAAAAUUUCCAGGGCAAUGGAUUCUCUGUGCCACUUGAGAGAACCGGCUCCUCCGACCCUCUAUCUGACACAGAUAAGAGCAAAGAAAAUGGUUCUACUGGACAGAAUAUGCAACAUGUGCCAUGGAUGAAUCAGAUUCCUCCAUAUAUGUACAACUUUCAAGGCCCAAUGCAGCAAAUGCCAGCGUACCAAGGUUAUCCUUACCCAGGCAUGCCGCAAUAUUAUCCAGGGAAUAUGGGAUGGCCAUCUCCAGGUGGCCCUAAUUCAAUGAAGAAUCAUAGAUCAUCUCGGAGGAAGGAGAAAUCUUUUAAUGCAAAUGAUGCAGAUAACUCUGAGGAAGAUGAAAGUACUGCUUCUGGUGAUUCAGAUGCUGGGACUGACUCAAAUGAGGAACAAGAACAAGAUAAGAAGCCUUCGUCAAGGGGGCUGAAGCAGGGGAAGAAGAACAAGAAGAAAUCUUCCAAAACGGUUGUUAUCCGUAACAUAAACUACAUAACUUCCCAGAGGCGCAAUGGAGAAGAUAAUGAGUACUCUGAAGAGUCUUCGGGAGAAGCACUGUCACUUGAUGAUGUCUCCAUCAGAAAAGGGGUUGAUGAUGCAAUUGCAUCGCUAGAGAAACAUGCCCACCCUAAAGCACGUAAAAGCAGAGGAAAACACGAACUUGAGAACGAUGCUGAUGUUUCUGAAGGAGGGAAGUCUGCUGAUCCUUGGGGUGCUUUUCAGAAUCUUCUCCUUAGUAAUGAAGACUCGAAGCCCAGUGAAACAAUGAAUCAUCACGCUAGAGAUCCCAUGGAUGAACAAUUUAUGAUGAACAGUUCCAAUGGUGGUGGUCUUUCACACAACACUAGCGAUUCAUUUCACUUGGAAUCUGAGAAAGUAAAGAGACAGCCUUCAACUAGUGAUGAUUCUGUUCUUGUGAUUCAUAGAGAGGGAAAGAAUGGUGGCAACACUCACACUAUGGAUUUUGCAAAUGGUGAAGAAAUGCGAACGGCUAUGAAGAAAACUGUUUCUGAAAAUGAGAAUGCAUUGUUUACACAACAAUCCAGAGGAUCAGGAACCACACUGGGAGCUUUACAAGACUUCUCCUCAGAAUCAACCACUAUUAGGAACAGAAGAGAGGAAGACUGGUUCAUUGUCAACUCACAAACACAAAGGCAAUCAGAAUUUGUCAAUCAUGACUCCCUCUCCUACGCAAGCGACAUGGUCAAGAAAGAAGCAGAGAGAGGAGCUUCUGUGGUUGAUGAUUCCUUCAUCAUAGAGUCAAGAUCAAGAGUUGACGAUCAGUAUGUCUCUAACUGGAGAACAGACAUCAUCAUGGAUGGUGAGAUGGACAUCACCCCCCAGAUAGAAAACGGAAAUCCAGCCAUUUCUAGCUCUGCUGAGCCUGAUGAUCUCUGUAUGAUGCUUGUAAGGGAGUCACAAGAAUCUGGUGCAUCCUGGACACCGGACAUGGAUUAUGAAGUCGAAAUAUCUUACAACGAAGCUGAUAAAAAAUCUUCCCUUGCCAAGCUGAAUGGUGAAGCUGCAGAGGAAGUUGUUGCCAAUGGUAAACAAGCCAAUGGCAAGAAAAAUGCAGGUCCGACAGCUAAGAUUCCCGGGAGAUCUCGUGUUUUGGGGGGAUCUCCCGCUGGAAAACCAGAUCCUUAUUCCAAAACUAAGAAGAUAUCUUCAGCAAGUAGGCUACUGACUCAAAAGAGCAAGCUGCAGAGGGAAGAAGAGGAGCGCAAGAGAUUGGAAGAUGCGGUGAUCCAACGCCAGAAGAGAAUCGCUGAAAGGUCAGCUAUCAGUGGUUCGUCUUCUGCAGCAUCCAAGAAACCUCCUGUUGGAAGCAAAUCAGCUCCUCCUAAGCUCGACAGGAUCAGAUCUUCGUGUGCAGCCCGUGCUCCAAAAAGUUAAGUCAGCCUAAAACUCACCGCAAUCUGAUUCUGCGAUCAUCGUGAAGACCUACAUAUGAAAAUACAAUCUAUCUGAGCAAAGCGGAGUAGACUUUUUCCGGGUUGGAGAGCUGUGCUUGAUCAUUGUGGCUUCCACUCUGGUUGAGCUUCGCUGUUGUUGUAUAGCCUUGGUUCUUUGCAUAUGCCAUUUUUUGAGAUCGUAUAUUCAAUUUAUUUAUUUUCCUUUUAGUGUGUAUCUGCAAUAAAUAAAUGGAUUAUAUACGUGUGUCACCACACACUGAAGUUGACUGCUGGAGAUUUCAAACUUAUUCUGAGGUUUGUUUAUAUACAUACUCGUUCAAAUACAGUUUCCAUAUGUCAUGUAUUUAUUGGAAUAUUGGUGAUUUUUUUUCC